AUGAAAGCCACCCAACAGUACGACUCAUGCGGCGACUACAUUUUCACCAAGCAAGGAGGUGAGGGAGGUGCUUACUGGACAUCUCAAUGGUACCAUCCUUUAGCAGUAGUUCAUAUCACCGUCUCCUUCGAGCAAGAGUGCGCAGCCGAAAUUUCCCUCAAGGAUUUGCUUGAGAGGAGGAGAGUACUGAGGCAGUAUCCUCACUCAAAACUUUUGGAAGCAGCACAAGGGAGAAGUCUAAAGAAGUACCGUCAGAACCUUCUUGACUACCAUAUUCCGCUGUUAACUGAGGACAGGAUUCGCACUCUCGACGUAGGAUGGAAUCGAUCACGAUGA